AUGUCUUUGGUGGCACGUCGGAGAAAACCUGAGCUUGUGCUACCGGCACGAGCAACGCCGCGGGAGACUCUGCCUCUCUCCGACAUUGACGACCACAAAGAACUGCGGUACCUGCAGCCUGCCGUCGAGUUCUUCCGCGCCGUCGAUGGCCAUGGGUGGCCUGCCAAGGCAGUUGUCAGGGCGGCCCUCGCGGAGGCGCUGGUGCACUACUACCCACUCGCAGGCCGUCUCCGGGAGGCUUCCGGGGGAAGGCUAGUCGUCGAGUGCACCGGGGAAGGUGUCGUGUUGGUGGAGGCGGAGUCGGAUGUGUCCUUGGAUGAGCUCGGCGAGCCUCCGCUGCUAGCAUGCCCGUUCGUGGAAGAACUGUUGUGCGACGUGGGCGACGCCAGGGUUGUCAUCGGAGUUCCCAUGUUUUUCAUGCAGCUAACCCAACUCAGAAGCGGAGGAUUCGUGAUUGGUCUUCACAUAUGCCACAACAUCGCCGACGGCUAUGGCAGCACCCAAUUCCUGAAAUGCAUCGCCGACUUGGCACGUACUGGAGGUGACGCCUCCCAAAUUAUAUCACCGGUGUGGAACAGGGAGCUCCUGACAGCACGUAUCCCGCCGCACAUAAACCCGGCCUACGAGGAAUUCCUCCAACGAUUAGGCAGCACCACAGACGACAUCAUGCUGUCAACACCGCCGGAAGAAAUGUCCGGCCGCUUCUUCCUCUUCGGCCCAGGGGACAUGGCAUCGCUACGAAGGCAUGCCCCCGUGCACCUAACACCGCCGGUCACCAGCUUCGAGCUUCUGACUGCGGUCAUGUGGCGUUGCCGCACAGUGGCGCUCGGCUACGAGCUCCACCAGCGGGUGCGCCUGAUGUUUUCUCUAAAUGCGCGUGGGAGGUGGAAGCGUCAUGCGCUCGUCCCACAUGGGUUCUACGGGAAUGCGCUCUUCUACCCUGCAGUAGACACGACCGCCGAAGAACUGUGCUUCAACCCACUUGGCUAUGCGCUCGGACUCGUCCGUGAGGCCAAGCGUGACAUGACAGACGACAACUUGGAGUCGAUGGUGGAUUUCAUGGCGUCAAUGCGUGGGCGGCCACCUCUCACCAUGGACAGAAUGUACGAGAUCUCUGACAUCAAAUGGGUUGGACAGGACGCGCUAGACUUCGGAUGGGCGAAGCGGGUUGACGGCGGCGUGCCGAUGGUUGGGGACAUCGCCUCCAAGUCCGUGAGCUACCACAUGAGGUGUAGGAAUGGAAAGGGUCAUGACAUGAUCGCGGUAUCCAUGCUAUUGCCAGGACAUGCAAUGGACAAGUUCGAGAAGGAGAUUGCUGUUUGGGUUAACAACGAGAACUAG